AUGCGAACACGAGUCUGCGGAUUGCCAACAAGCCUCUUAGUAAAUAUCAAUAAUGCUGUGUUGCCAAUACAAUUGCCUGAAGCGUCUCAAAGCCUCAAUUUUGAGCAUUCCUUCGAAUUCUGCCAUAACUACACUUGGCAACUUCACUUUGAAAAUUCAGCCGGUCGAAUAAUCUAUCCUCAAAGCCUUACCACCUCCACGAAAUAUCCAGAUAUCAUGAAAACCGUGCCAACUAUAUUUUACAGAUCGCCAAAUCUUGGUGCAUCGUACACCUCCCUUCAUCGGUUUUGUGAAUACAUAUAUGCCUUGCAGUGGGGCGUUUUUCCAUCUAUUGAUCAAUGCGAAGUCAACCCAAAAAAUUCUUUAUCCGGAAACACUAUAGAACUUCCGCCCUUGAAAGAGGGUCUUGUGUAUAUGUUCAGUGCACGCGUUCAGCCUCCUAUUGGUCAAUUCCAUUGUGGAAGGACUAGUUUUGCCUCCAAUUGGUCGGAAACACUUAUCGUUUAUACGAAAAUGUCCCAGAGCGAAGUUAAAACUAAUAAUAAAACAGUGACAGCUUAUAUCUCCAAAACUAAGGAGGAAGAUGAGGAAAACUUCGGCUGUAUGCUGCCACAAACCCCCUACUCUGGCCAAAACGAAUUUCGAAUCGUAGAGGACACUGGACCUAUUCCAACUGAAAAUACUUCUGUUUGCAUAAUUGUGGACUGGCAAGUCGAAACAAAGAGUGCUAGUUCUAUUCUUGGCUACAUUCUCGAGAUCGGUCGACAAGGAAAUAACAGUUGUCGAAUCAUCUGGAUUCCCUGUGAAGAUUGCUUCCAAAGUUCUAGUUUGCGCAAUGCCAUACCAGAAGUGACAGACGCCAUAAAUCAAAUUGAAUUUUCCUGUUUGGGGAGUCAAUCCGGCUUCCUGAAAAACGCCGAGCGCUUAAAUACGCCACUCUAUAAAGGAACCACUCGCCUGCUAAUGGGAUUUCAAAGCACCAAUCAUCGGGCUGACAAUUUGCAUGGUGUUGUUAAAGCAUAUGCAGUAAAAAUGGGAUCAAUACAACUCAUAAUGGAACAAACUUGGCAAACAAAUGCACAAGUUUUGCUUGCAAAAACCAAGAUGCAUAUUGUAAUUGCUGCUAUACUUGGUACAAUUUCAAUACUUGCCAUCGUUGUUCUGAUUGUUGUCAAAUUGAAACGUCAGGUUGUUCGGCGGGAUCAAUAUAUGAAAGAGCUAACAAGGGAUGAAGUUGCGUCGGCAGUUCGAGAAUCUGCCAAGAAAUUUCAAAGCAAAUUAGUGACGCGUCUCAAGAAGGCUCCUUCACCAAUUCAACUCUCCAAUUUCAUUGAAACUGUAGCGAAAUAUGCUGAAGACGAGUUAGUACAUUUCUGGGGAGUCACUUUUGAUAUCUUAACUUGUGCGAACUACGCUGCAGCCCAACAGGAGGAAAAGGGCUUGACUAUAGAGGCAGGAACACAUCCACAAAAUCGUUUGAGAAAUCGAUACAAAAAUAUUUGUCCUUAUGACCAAAAUCGCUUGCAUCUGCACAAAGAAUAUGCUCUACAGGACCUCUACCCUGGAGCGAUAAAUAUUCCAAAUGUUGAACCUCUUGGGCUGAUCGCCAUGUCGGACUACGUCAAUGCCAGUGUGAUCCCCUCCUCACCACCUCAUCAUCAGAUCUUCCCCAUGACUGGCAAGAGUGCCUCCAAUGGUCCAAGUGUCUACAUUGCUGCUCAAGCCCCCAAAACACAUGCUGUCGGACUUUUCUGGCAAGCGAUAUGGGACUCGGAGGUGCGAAUCAUUGUGAUGCUCACGAGAUUAAACGAGAGAGACAAGGAAAAGUGCUGCCCCUAUUGGCCUCGAAAGCAAAGCAAAGAUAACGAAAACGCGAGUGAAACCGACAACAAUGUACUUUGUUCCGAAAUUUACGGGAACAUUUCGGUGACAUUACAAAGUUCUGAAUCUGGAAUCUGCUACAUUCGCCGUGUUCUUACUAUUCGCAAUACGGUAAGGUGA